GACGUUGGGUAGUUCAAGUAGGGGAGUGGCCUGAACACAUUUGCAGACAUGGAUGGACGAGGGCGGAGUGGGCGGAGUGCGCAAUAAAGUUUCUCUUCCCCUCUUCCUUAUAUGGAAGUGCAGACACCAGGAAACAACCAGGACCACAAGAUGUCGUUCCGUCCCUUCGCCUUCGGCUUCAGUACCCGGCGGAGCAGCCCCCUCGAUCCCUUCUUCCUUGACCCCUCCUACUCCGACCACUCCUUCCCCCGCUCCGGCUUCGGGGACGACUCUGCCUUCUCGGCUGUCGCCGACGCCCGCGUCGACUGGAAGGAGACCCGCGAAGCUCGCGUCUUCAAGGCCGAUCUCCCCGGUCGGCACAAGAGGGGCGUCAAGGUCGAGGUGGGCGGAUCUUCCGUACAUAUCAGCGGCGAGCGCAACUGCAAGCGCGAGAAGAAGACCGACACCCAGCACCACGUUGAGCUCGAGAAGGCUUCCGUUGUCGCUGACGCCCGCUUCUUCAAUGCCGGUAUCCCCGGCCGGCACAAGAGGGGCGUCAAGGUCGAGGUGGGCGGAUCUUCCGUCCAGAUCAGCGGCGAGCGCAACUGCAAGCGCGAGAAGAAGAUCGAGACCCGGCACCUUGUCGAGCGCGAGAAGACGACUGAGACCUGGCACCGCGUCGAGCGCGAAAAGAUAACGGAGACCUGGCACCGCGUCGAGAGCGAGAAGAAGACCGACACCAGGCCUCGUGUUGCGCGCGAGAAGAAGGCCGACAGCGGCGGCGAGGUCCUGCGCAGGUUCCGCCUGCCGGCGAACGUCAAGGCGGAUCAGGUCGAGGUCGCGAUGCAGAACCGAAUGCUCACGGUCACCGUGCCUAAGGAAGUGGUCAAGCAGCCGGCCAAGAAGGCCAGCGGUAAGUCGAUCAAUAUCUCCGGUUAGUUCCUUGCUUCUGACAUGUUUCCCCGUAGUCAUUUUGCGUCGCUACAAUGCUUCAUUGUCGAUUCGCCUGCUUCUUCGUUUCGUGAUUUAGGGUCGUUGUCUGGCUUCUCUUCCGUUUGUGUGGCCUAUCGUUACUGCUUUUGAUGCUAUUAAUAGACAAUGUAUAAAUCUUUCCAGUUUUACAUGUCGGAUUUACUGCA